UUACUGUCAGAGACCAAGAGCAAGGCCUCUCUGCUAUUGGAAGGCUGGUCUUUGCUCUGCUGUGCUGUCCUUGGGCCACCCUGUUUAUAUCUGCCUCCGGUUUCCCUUUUUGUUUCCUUCCUUACCUCCUGUGUCAGGACCAGGGGUUGGUUGGGAGGCUCUGUGUGGGGAAGAGGCUGGGAAAUAAAAGGCUGUUUUCGAGGACAGCAUUCUCUGCCCUUUGGAAGGCACGGAGCCCUCAGCUAACAGAGCCCCGAAGUCCUUGUACGUGGUCUGCUCUUAUCUCCAGCACAGCGGCUCAUGUGAUUCACCCAGUGAGGGAGAAAAGAGAAGUUGUAAGCUGAGAAUUGAGACCACAUAACGUCUUGUAGGGGAAAAACCGACCACUGUGUCUGCUCGUUUUCCUUCAGGCUGACCCCAAAAUGCAGUCUCGCCUGGUCAUCAUAAGCCUCAUAUUACUCCUAGCAGAUGCUGUAGUUGCCAUUGUGCAAGUGAGUGGAGUGGUGGGUCAGACUGUCACACUCCCCUGCAACUACUCAGUGGCUGAUGGAGCAGUCACCUCCAUGUGCUGGGGCCGAGGGGCAUGUCCUGUAUUUGUAUGCUCAGAUGAAAUUGUCUGGACCGAUGGGUCCCGUGUCACCUUUCAGAAGCACGAUCGUUACGAGCUAAGAGGGGACCUUUUGAAAGGGAAUGUCUCUUUGACCAUAGAGAAUGCAGCUGAGGCUGACAGUGGCUUGUACUGUUGCCGUGUUGAGCACAGGGGGUGGUUCAAUGACAUGAAAGUCACCCUAUCAUUGGAGAUUAAACCAGCCACAGACACGCGUGUUCCAACGUCACCAAGCACCUCUACCUCUGCUUCCCCAAUGCCAUCACCCACGCAGACCCACAAGCCAGUAGCUACGUCACAUUCUCCAGCUCAGCCGUCAGAAACCCAGCCUACAACCCUGCAGGAAACAAGGACACAGGCUACCAGUUCACCAUUUUACUCUUACAAAACAGAUGGGAAUGGCACCGUGACACAGUCUUCAGAUGGCCUUUGGCAUGACAAUCAAACUCAAGCGUCCCCAGCAGAAAACAUGUGGAUGAGCACUGCCACCAGUGAGGGACUCUAUGUUGGACUCUCCCUUUCUGCCUUGGUGUUGCUUGCUGCUGUGGUUGUUAUCAUCACCAAAAAGUGUUUCUACAUCAGAAAGAAGAUGCCACAACUAAGUAUGGUUUCAUUGAAUGACUCUAAAAUUGGAGCUUUGGAACAUGCAGCUGAAAGGCGACUCCCAGCAGAAGACAAUAUCUACAUUAUUGACGAUAAUCCUUACGUCACAGAUUAAGACCCAGUGGUGCUCUUUGAGGUUUUGUGCCCGUGACUGCAGAUGACUGUGACCAGAUAUCACCCUAUCAGGCUUCUUUCAUACUCAAGGACCAUUUCUCUGUGUCUGUUUCAUGCAGUAUUCCAACAUGUCAGUGAUACUGGAUAGAGUCUAGCUCAAAACUGUGUAUAGUCAACCUCGUUGCUAAUAUACUCCUAAUAUUUUAUCCUAAAACUGAAUUAAUCUUUCUGAUCAUUGCAGUGCUGUCUCUCAAACAUGAACACUAGAAUUGCAUGUUCUCUUAAGUCCCCAUGCAUCCUGUCUCUAUCAAAGAGAAUUGUCAUUGGGAAUAGAAGAAAUGAACUUUUGUCUUGGCCACCCAAAGCUGUCAAGAAGAGGUGAAUAGGACAUAAAAAUCAGCAAAUCUAAUUUAAGACUUCAUUUGGAUGUAUUUCAUUAUUAUUUCAUGUUUCUAUAUUAUAACUCCAAAUGUUAACAUU